GUCAUUACUAGUAGGCAUUGACAUCGUAACCUGCAGUUGCUUGAUCCUCUCGGGCCAGAUAUACUCGGAGGCUCGAAGUUGCAAUAACAGAGAGUCUCAAGUGCUGGGCUCGAAUCACAAAAGGAGGACCAGUAUCACUAUAUCUGCCUCUCAUAAUAUUAUUACGCCUGUAUAGAGAGCUGAGCGAUUUGAUGGCCCAUAUCUCUCACACACCUCAGCUGUCAGCUUCGGCACAGGGAACACGCAGGGUACUCCACAUGCGUGCGCCUGGAGCAUGCAAUGCUCGCCACCUUGGAUCGUCUCACAGUCAUUUGAUCAAAACCAAUGGACGAUCAGCGUUCCUCCAAGGCACACAAUUGGCCAGGCUACCUGCUCGGCCGAGGAAUGCAGCAUGUGGAGCUGCUGGCGUGCAGAUGAACUUGUUCAGCAGGUUGUUUCGCGUCGCACGCUCCUACGCAAACGCUCUGGUGAGCUCCGUGGAAGACCCAGAGAAAAUGCUCGAGCAGACGGUGAAUGAGAUGCAGAGCGAUCUCAUCAAAAUGCGGCAAGCCUCUGCCCAGGUGAUGGCGUCACAGAAGCAGAUAGAGGUGAAGUACAAGCAGGCACAGCAAGCUGCGGACGAGUGGUACCGGCGCGCGCAGCUGGCGGUGGAGAAGGGGGACGAUGAGCUGGCGAAGGAGGCGCUGAAGCGGCGCAAGAGCAACCAGGAGAACGCCGACACCAUGAAGGCCCAGCUCGACCAGCAGCGCAAGGCCGUGGACCAACUCAUCUCCAACACCAAGAUGCUGGAGUCGAAGAUGGUGGAGGCUAAGAGCAAGAAGGACACGCUCAAGGCGCGCGCCAAGACCGCGCAGACCUCUCGCCAGAUCGCAGACAUGGUCCAGGGCCUCAACACGAGCAAUGCUGUGACCGCGUUUGAGCGCAUGGAGGAGAAGGUCAUGUCCCUGGAAGCCGAGGCAGACGCCACGCUGCAGCUGGGCACGAGCGACAAUCUGGAGAGCAAGUUCAGGGCGCUGGAGGGCGGUGACGUGGAGGAUGAGCUGGCGCAGAUGAAACGGGGGGUCCUCACCGGCUCCCGCACCAGCGCGCCCCAGCAGCUGCCAGAAGGCCGGCCCAUCAGGGAUGCCAUUGACUUUGAGCUGGAUGAGCUGAGAAGGAAGGCGCGCGACUGAGCAUGGAGCUUUGAUGGGGCAGAGGUUGAUCCUGCCUCUAUUCUGUGGCUCCUACUGUGUGUCAAGGUGUAGCUGCCGGUUGGGCCCUGUCAUGCGGCUGCCUUGUGAGCUGCUGGGAUUUGAUACUCAUGAAAUGCAUUUUCUUCUCUGUUGAGGGAUUGUGAGGGAUGGUGUCAGCAUUGUCAUGCUGCUAUGGUAUAUGAGUGUGUGGGUGUACUGGAUGUUUCGGCACCACCAUUUUUUUUCCUUAGCACCUUAGUUGUGGUUGUCUUCCCUUUUAAAAUGAUUCUCCG